AUGGUAUAUCACGUGACUACUACCCAGAUUUUCCCGGCCGCCCCCAGCGACUCGAAUACCGCGCUUUUGGUCUGGUCGAGCGCAGAUCCAGUACAAGUACCGCCCACGAACGCACUCGACUUGGAAGUGGACGCUGUUAUCGGUGAAGGAGCUGUCAGUAAACUCAAUGCGACAGCGAUGACUUCACCGGAUUCUAUGACCAUGGCCGCUGCCGCGGAGGCCAUGACCAAUGGCGACGACAACCCGCGUCGGGCAUCAUUGUCGCAAUCACCACACCGAAACGACAGCGAGCUCGCGCAAACUCAGAACGCAGUGGAGGAGACCCUGCCGGGUGGGGGGAUUGUAUCUUUUGCUGCAUCACCGACCAGAGACCUCGAUGGCGGACCUGAGCCAUUAGAGGAUGCCACCUCUGUCGUCAUGGAGAGCGAACAAACCGCAGAUGUGCCUUCAAACUCUGGACCGGUUUUGCCAGAAGUCGCUCACGUCGCUUUCGAUGCCCCUCUAAACCACGAUACCGUCCCAAUUCCACAGAAUGUAGCUGAGAACCUCGCCGAUUGGUCUGAAGCGCAAGUUCCAGAGACAAGUCUCAUACUUCCCGAAGGCGAGCUUCUUGACCAGAAUCUUAUCAGUUCGUACGAAAACGACCACGCACAAAAUUUGCUGGCCUUGCAGAACGGGGGAGACAUGAACAUGGGCAUGGCGAUGCAGAUGGGAAUUGGUAUGGACAUGGGGAUGGGGAUGGGACUAGGAUUGGGAUCACAGCUUGCAGCACCAUAUCUUGAGCCGUCGCCUCAGGUUUAUGAGGAACUACAGAGCAGCAGAGUCUCGGCAUACGCCAAGCUAGUAUUUGACGACGGGGAGUUUUACAUGAACACAUAUUCGAUUGUUUUAGGCCGGGAUGUGAAUGCAGCCAAAAAUGCACUUCGGCGGGAGAAAGAGGAGGAGCGCGCACGAUUAGAAUCAGAAGCCUCUGCGCGAGCACCCAUUCCGCAUACGCCGAGAUUGAAGAAGGAAGGCAGUCGUUAUACGAAGUCAAUUGUCAGUGAGAGUGGGGGUAUAUUGCGAGACGGAAAUGAUUCGGAUGAUGAAGAGGAUCGGAGGAGACGAAAGAGCCGUAGAUCAAAGAAAGCCAGCAAGAGGUCCAAGUCCAGUGAAUCAUCCCAACACCUGUCAAGAAGGAAUUCACUCGCACAUUUGGGAGGUCAAGUUGUAUACAAUACCUACGCCCAGGCUCCAGCCAAACGUGCCGCCUUAGAUACCGCCGUCCCAGUCGACCCAGAGACUCUGAAGCCGUCUCCGCAUGAUUGUCCCUUAGUGGGAAUUCAUCCUGCGGCAAAAGACGGCGUGCAUGCUCCUCAUAGCGCCUACAAGUCUAUUUCGCGGAGGCAUGUCAAGAUUGCCUAUAACAUUCGGAAGAAUUACUGGGAAGCGGAGAUUCUUGGGCGAAAUGGUACUUUCAUCGACGAUAAAUUCUGUCACUAUGAGCAAGUUAUUUGUCUUAACAGCGGUAGUGUCCUUCAAGUUGGUGGCGUUGUAGUUACGUUUCUUCUUCCGGAUAUCCCAAUUGGAAAGACAGGAGCCGAAAAGCCAGAGUUCGAAGACAAUGUCAGUGCUAUUCGGCAUUCUAUAGGAGGCAAAGAGAUGAGCUUUGACUUCGAAGACGAUCCUCGUGAAGGUGGCAUAGGCGAUUCUAGCGAAGGCGAGGUUGAAGGUCGAUCUGCGGACAUUGAAAGCGACGAUGAGGAUGAGAGAGAGCGAAACGGAGAUAGUGUCGAUGAUCAAGAGGCGCAAGACGAUGAGGAAGAUGAGGAUGAGGGAGAAGAAGCCAGCUAUCAAUCUAUCCCUAUGGACACGGAUGAGGCCAUGUUACAUACACCACAACAGCAAGGCGACCUGGUUGCGAUGCCCCCAAAGAAAAGGGGACCUGGGAGACCACCUAAAAACGGCAUCAUGUCUAAGCGAGAACAACAAUUGGCCAAAAAGGAGGCAUUGGCACGUGAGAGAGAGGGGGAAAUGGAUAAGUCUGCAAAACCCGCGAACGGCCAGCCUACAGUUCCUGGAAAAAACAAGGUCGGCCGCCCCCGCAAGCAUCCAAGGCCAGAUACCCCCCCAGAACCGCGCGAGAAAAGAAAAUACACCAAGCGAAAGCCAAAGGAGCCUAAAGAGGGAGACGCUAUUAAGCAGGAUGGUUCCGGUGGCGAAGAGGCACCUGCCAAAGAGAAGAAAGAGAAGAAACCACCUAAGCCUGAAAGAUCCCCGUCUCCAACCUUCGUUGAGUCGGAACUUACAGAACAGCAGCUUGCAAAACCUCAAGCCAAUUAUGUCACACUCAUAUAUGAGGCUUUACACGAGUCCAAAAAUGGACAAAUGUCGUUGCCCCAGAUAUAUCGUGCUAUUCAGCGGAAAUAUCCCUACUUUGUUCUCAAGGUUCCGACAAAUGGGUGGCAAAGCAGUGUACGACAUAAUUUAUCACAGCAUCAUGCUUUCCGCAAGAUUGAACGAGAUGGUAAGGGCUGGAUGUGGGGUAUAGUCCCUGGAGUAUCUAUCGAAAAGGAAAAGAAGAAGAGGGCGUCGCCGCCUCCUCAGUCACAUCCAGGUUUGUUACCUCAACAACAAGCUUUCUAUCAACCUGGACAUCCGCCUCACAUUAUGCCGUUUGGACAACACGGUACAAUGGGUCCACCUCCCGGUUAUCCAAUGCAGCAUCAACUACCACCAAAUUAUGGUCAAGGACAAUACCCCGGGCAGCCUCCUCUUCAGCAUCCGCAGUAUAUACCGCAACCACCUCAUAUGAAUGGUCACUCAAUCGCUCCCGGGCCUAAUCAUCAGGUGCAUCCAAUGCACAUUAACGCACAACACGCACCGCCAUUUAUGCCUCCAGUCGCACCUCAGCUAAUGGCAAACACUGGUGGCACUUACAGCUCACCAUAUGGGCCAAAGCCGACACAAACGGAUUCUCCAAAACCACCGCAACCUCAGAUGUCUGAACAAAAACCGCCUCCUGUCAUCACAUCGCCGCCUAAAAAUGCCGACCAACCUGUAGCGCCUACUCCACCUGCGCCUGUUGAGAAGGAAUCUCCAUCUUCUGAGGAUUUCCGAUCUGCCAUCGAGGGCAGUGUCGAGCUCAAUGCUGCUGUUGAGAGAUUCAAAACGAAUCUGAUUGAUUCUCUGAAAAUCACCAAGACCUUGGAUCCUGAAAAAAUUGUUAAUUCUGCAAUUAACAGAGUCCUAGGUCGUGCCACGGUAACCUCCGUUCCCGGUGAUUCGGAGGCUUUGAUCACUAGAGCUUUCAAAAACAUGCUAGUUACCAACAUGUCAACGCUCAAGUAUACACCAAACCGUUCAUAUGUUGCGGAUCCUCCACGGGACCAAGAAAGGAAACAUAGCUCGCCUCAACCUCUGGCGAAUCAAAACGGAACACAAACUAAUGCAGCUCAACAUACUACAGCAACUACUGCUCGUCCAAUUAUUAUGCGCCCUACUUUCAGCAGGUACGGACCAAAUCGCUCGGGGCCAACAUCUAUUCCGCGGCCUCCAAUGACAACACCUGGUAUUAGAAGGACCGAAUCUGGUAGUCCAGCUACUACAUCUGUUAUGCCAAGAGUCCCAUCUUCAGCAUCUCCCGUUCCUUCUGCAUCACAUUUAUCUACGAGUGGAGCCAGCGCAUUGCAACCCGCAGCAGAUGAAGCACCUCCGGUCGUUGCAAGCGUGCCGUGCGAAGCACUUCCAGCUGCGGGUGUGAAGAAGGAACAGUUAGUUGACGAGCAAGCUGUAAAUGCGGCACAAGACUCUAGACCAUUCAAUCCAUCUGAAAGUUCCCUAUCCGGGACGCAGAUCAUUGGUCAAAAACGGGAACGUGAGCCAGACAUGGACGAGAUGCCAGAUGCCAAAAAACUUGCUAUCUCCGCUCCGCCGGAACUUACUGCGUAG